CCAGCCUGUACUGUGAGACUAACAGGAAGUCGUGGAUCUUCCACAUCUGCUUUGGUUGGAUUAUACGAGUGUUUCUCAAAGUGUGGGGCAGUUUUGUGACAGGUGGGGCGAGAACGGCCGGGGAGAAAAGUCAUGCGGAACAAAUGUUGGACAUCGGAUUAAUUUUCAUGGAAGGAAACGUCAGAGGGUAGAGUGACAGUCAUAUGUCAUUCAAUCAUAUGAAUGAAGUCUGAGACGCAGCUGAAUGUUUGCGGUCAGCCGAGUCUGAACACCAGGAUUGUAGGAGGACAGGCCGCCCCUCCUGGCAGCUGGCCCUGGCAGGUCAGUCUGCAAAGAUCUGGGGGGCACUUCUGUGGAGGAUCCCUCAUUAACAAUCAGUGGGUGCUGUGUGCUGCUCACUGCUUUCAGAGUAUCACUGCAAGCAGUGUGACUGUGUAUCUGGGCCUUCAGAAUCUGCAGGGAUCCAACCCCAAUGAAGUGUCUCGGUCAGUAUCACAGAUCAUCAGUCAUCCCAACUACAACUCUGUUACCUCUGACAACGACAUCGCCCUCCUGAAGCUCUCCUCAUCAGUGACUUUCUCUCCCUACAUUGCUCCCGUCUGCCUGGCAGCCUCAGGCAGCACCUUCUACAACGGCACUAACACCUGGGUCACCGGCUGGGGCAACAUUGGGUUUGGAGUGCCCCUUCCUUCCCCACAAAACCUGAUGGAGGUGGAGGUUCCCAUUGUGGGAAACAGGAAGUGUAACUGUAACUAUGGAGUGGGAUCAAUCACUGACAACAUGGUCUGUGCCGGGUUAUCUGCAGGAGGAAAGGACUCCUGUCAGGGGGAUUCAGGAGGUCCAAUGGUGAUCAAGCAGAAUGGUCUCUGGAUUCAGGCGGGAAUCGUCAGUUUUGGGGAAGGCUGUGCCUUGCCGAAUUUCCCAGGAGUCUACACCAGAGUAUCCCGGUACGAGACCUGGAUCAACAGUCAGAUCACCUCCAUCCAGCCGGGCUUCAUCACAUUCACAUCCACUGGGACCGACAGUGACCUGAGUGUCUCCUGCACAGGACUGCCACCACUGACAACCACCACUACAACAACCACCACCCAUCCUACAACUACCACUACAACCAACACCCCACCAACCACCACCACCAUCCCUCCAACAACUACCACCACCCUUAAAACAACCACUCUGGCCACUCCCCAAUCUCUGGUCUGUGGACAAGCUCCGAGGAAUUCUCGUAUUUUGGGAGGAACCUCAGUGGUGACGGCCGGAUUGUGGCCGUGGAUGGCGAGUCUACAGACGAAUGGAAGUCAUGUGUGUGGUGGGACUCUGGUGGCCUUGGACUCAGUGCUGAGCAACGCCAACUGUUUCUCAAACUCCUCUAUAGCGUCUGAGUGGACUGUCGUGUUGGGUCGUCUGAAGCAAAAUGGAUCCAACCCCUUUGAGGUGACGCUGAACGUGACAAAUAUCACUCUGAGUCACUCAAAUGGGACCAACGUAGCCAUUCUCCGUCUAUCAGCCAGGCCCACUCUGACUGACUACAUCCAGCCUAUCUGCUUGGAUAACGGACGAACCUUCUCCGAGGGCUCGGUGUGCUGGUCAGCCGGCUGGAGUCCUGGAAGAGGAGGGGCUGAACAAGCUCUGCAGGAGUUUCAGACCUCAGUGGUAAAUUGUGGGAAUGCAUCAUCGAGUGAGAGCAUCUGUACAGGAUCUUUUACUCUGGAGCAGGGUGAUUCUGGCGGCCCGCUGAUGUGUAAGCAGGACGGCUCUUGGUUCCAGGCGGCCGUGUUAACAGCUCAAAGCACCUCCACCAGGAAAAGACGACAGACUGCAGUGAUGACUUUCACCAGAGUGAGCAGCUUUAGUGCCUUCCUGACUGAGACACUGGGGACGCUCUUGUCUCCAGCCUCCACAGCCAACACCACCAACACUACUAGCACCACCAACACCACCAACAUGACCACAACCAUCACACCCACAACUGUAUCACAAACCAGUGGGGGCCCUCCUGCUCACUCCCUCGUCUUUGUCUUCCUCCAUCUCCUCAGCCUCGCCUUGUGUCUCCAACUCUUCCUGUAGAGAAGUCUGCCUUGAUUUGCAUGAUGUGAUGAACACAAAUGAAUGUAAAGAAGCCUCGACUUUGAGACUUAAAGCUGUGGCCCACAGGGGGCGACUCCUCUGGCUGCAAAAUGGCUUCUAGUUGCAUAGAAGUCUUUGAGAAAACGACCCAACUUUCCAUUGGAUCCUGAUGAGUCUGUGGCCUCAUUUGCACAUUUGCACACACUGAUUAAUUUUCUAAUGCCUAAAGAUGACCUAUUCUGCUCAUUUUCAGCUUCUUGUUUUUAUUAUUGGCCUCUAAGGUAGCUUUCUUCUGAUUGGCUACAACUCAUAAAAAAAGUUUGAUCACAGGUGGGUGGGGUUUCUCUGCAAUAGGGUUUACUUAAAUAAACUGACCUCAUUAUUGAAGCUCUGCUCAUGUUUAAUAUGAGCAUUCACCACCAGAACAUGAGAUAUAUGAGAGAAAUAAGGAAAAGCAAAAUAGAUCAACUUUAACUUUGUGCCCGCUUCACUCCUGCUGAUGUAAUGUGGUCACCGACCCUCUGAGCUAGACUUUGGUUUAAACUGUAAAAACAUUUUUUUUUUAAACUUGCACUGAACAUGAAAUGUAGUCCAACAGGCACUUAAUGAUUUUAAUUAAUGAAUUAAUGCAGUGAUGAAAGCUGUGAAAUCUUUGUGGUUUUUUUAUUUUUUUGAAUGAAAAAAGUUUUUGUGCAUUUUCAGGACAGAGCAGAAUAUUAACUGUAACCUUGCAGUCACAAACACGUUGCACUGCACACCAGACCAAACUAUUUCACUGUCAGGAAAUAUCCUGCAGUCUUUAUUGAUCUCAUUUAAUGACACAUAUUUUGGAGAUCUCAGGAACACGGGGACAAUGAUCAGCUCAUCCCUCAUCUACCUCGUAUCUGUGCCACAAUGUUACACUUUCAAACAGGAUUUGUCUGAAAACUGUUAAACUGCUCUGUGAGAAAAGAUUUGAUUUGAAGGAUAAAUA